UCCAGACAACUUCCGUGUUUUUGGCUCCUGCAGCCUCAAACAACUGUUUCAGAGUCAGCUCCUCCGUUACAAACAGAAACUUAACAUCUAUUAACUGAGUUGAAUUCGCGUUUUAGAACUGACCGCAGGUCAGCGUUUUGGCAUCCGGGAUCCUCUUGUGACAGUCAGCUGAUCGCGGCCAGGGUCUGCAAAAAGCUUUGAGCUCUCCUGUCUGACAACAAGUAGUACAUUCAUUGUUUUUCUAUACAGGUAGAAAUGGCCACACACCCACCAAAGUUAAAGACUGCGAUUACUGCCAAUGAAAGGCUGCAAAACUUGAAAAAUACUUUUGAAACAAAGUAUGGAGAAUCUCCUCACUUCUAUGCAUGUGCACCUGGAAGGGUCAAUCUAAUAGGAGAGCAUAUCGAUUACUGUGGCUAUUCUGUUCUGCCAAUGGCCAUUGAACCGAAUAUCCUCGCAGCCGUCUCAGUGAACAAGUCAGGGACAAUCACACUGGCCAACACAAAUCCUCAGUACAAGGAUUUCACUGUGUCGUGUUCAGAGGACAUUGCCAUCGACAGAGAGAAUCCAAAGUGGCAUUAUUAUUUUCUCUGUGGAGUAAAAGGUAUUCAGGAGAAAUGUGGGAUUGCUCAUUUAGCAGGGAUGUCGUGUGUCGUAGAUGGAACCAUUCCUCCGAGCUCCGGCCUGUCCAGUUCUAGUGCCUUAGUUUGUUGUGCCGGGCUCGUAACAAUGGAGGCAAAUCAAAAGUCCCUCUCCAAGGUGGCACUGGCUGAGAUAUGUGCCAAAAGUGAGCGCUACAUUGGCACAGAGGGAGGCGGUAUGGACCAGUCCAUCUCAUUCCUGGCAGAGCGAGGAACUGCUAAGCUGAUAGAGUUCCAGCCUCUGCGGGCCACUGAUGUCAAACUUCCAGAUGGAGCCGUGUUUGUGAUCUCCAACUGCUGCAUGGAGAUGAACAAAGCUGCUUCUUCUCACUUCAACAUCCGUGUGGUGGAGUGUCGAAUCGCCACAAAGAUGCUGGCCCAGGCACGAGGUCUGGACUUGAGCAGGUUUAUGAAGCUGGUGCAGGUUCAGAUGGAGCUGAAGGCCUCCCUGGAGGAGAUGUUGGCUCUAGUGGGCGAGGUGUUGCAUCCUGAGCCAUACAGCCGAGAGGAGAUCUGCAAGGUGCUGGGUGUCACCUCGGAGCAGUUUUCCACAGAGCUGCUGAGCGCCAACACUCAGCAUGUAAAACAUUUCAAGCUGCACCAGCGAGCCAAGCACGUGUACGGUGAAGCUGCGCGGGUGCUGCGGUUUAAGAGUGUGUGUGACUCUGAACCUGCCGAAUCUGUACAGCUACUGGGAGACCUGAUGAACCAGAGCCAUGCCAGCUGCAGAGACCUGUAUGAGUGCAGCUGCCCUGAACUGGAUCAACUGGUGGACAUCUGUCUGAAGUCGGGGGCAGUGGGAUCCCGGCUGACAGGAGCAGGUUGGGGCGGCUGUGCUGUCUCCAUGGUUCCUGAUGAGAAGGUGGAGUCUUUCUUACAAGCAGUGAGCGAGGCCUACUACCUCCCUGAUCCACGCAGAGCAGCAAUGGAAAAACAGAGUUUGUUUGUGUCAAAGCCGGCCGGAGGAGCUGCAAUUUUCCUUGAUGAGUAAAAUGCAUCAUCCAUUAUCUGUUUAUAUAAUCAUUUAUUCAAAUACACUGCUGCAGUGGAAUCAAUGACAAUUGCUUACACUUGAUUCAGAAGGCACUUACAAAUGACAAAGGCAAUCCAAAAUGUAAACCUUACUUUACUCUAUUAAGAUUAUUCUGGAAUAUAAGGGCCAAAAAUUGACGACAGUGGUGAAUUAUUUUUUACAAAGGGAAUGUUUUUUUGUGUUUUAAAUCAUGAAAAAAAAAGAUGAGAAAAUAACAACAAUCUUGUUUAAUUUGUGCUGCUGUAUAAAAUCCAUCCAUCCUUUUUGUUUACAUUUUAUACAUGAACAUAAUUUAACAAGGGCAAAAUAAAAAUAAACCAAAUAUUAUCAGGUGUUACAUGGGCAUUUGAAGUAGUUAUCACUGGAGCAGCAUCAUUCAGACCUUUCUUCUGGCUGGUAAAAUGUUUCGGGUUUGUGUUGAGAGAGCCAUGGGGAAAUCAUGGUAGUCAAGUGCUGAUUACACGAUCACACGCUGGCCUUUAGCUUCUGCACAGGACCAAUUUUAACUUCAUUAGAGAGCAGUAAUGGUAGAGGCUCGGCUGUCUAAGGCACACUGUAUUGUACUUAAUGCAACUGCAGCAUUCUGCAUUAAAAUCUGAUCAGAGUUUUUAUUAUCACAGUUUUCCUUUAAGUUAAAAGAGAGGAUAGAGUUGUUGUCAGUUUAAAUACUUGCAAGUUUCUUUUAACUAAACAAUGUUUUUAUGUUUUAUUCAUUCUAUUGAUGUUAAGAAGCAGCCUCAGAACCAAAUUAAAAUGGACAUCAUGUUUGGAGUUUGAUAAUGAGUAUUCAAAUGUUGUGUAGCAACUGUACAAUGUUUAAAACGGGGGAUAAAUCGGUAUUAUAAAGAGGAUAUCACAUUCAA